AUGGACUUUCUGAAAGCAUGCACCACCAACAUCCACGCCGUAGAGAACCUGGUGCAGACCGCAUACUGUGUCUACGAUUGGGCCGAAGCAGCACCUGCUGCCUCCGCCGCCGAACGAUGGGAGCACGCGCAAAACACCCUUGCUACCUUGAGGCGUGAAAACAUCCUCUGCACCAGCAUUGGCCACGCUGUUUGGAUCUUUGGGCACUUCAAUGCUGACCAGAAGGACAUCUUGGACAACAGCCAUUCCGCUUUCUCACUGUCCCAAGAGGGCACGCUUGAGAACCAACCCGCCCAUGCUCCCAGCGGCCGAGCAGUGAGAGACAUCCUCCUUGAGGCAAUCGAACAUGCCCUGGCUUUCACAUUGGCACGACAUCCUGCCAUUGUCCACGUCGGACCUUGGCUCUGGCUCUAUCACAGCGUGUGCGAUCACGGCGACGACGACGACGACGAUGACGACGAAGACGAACACGCUCUACAACAAGUGAGUGAGACGUCCAUCAUUCAUGUCUACACCAAAUUCACACCGAGCGGUGGCCUUUAUUUAAUUCCUAAUAUUAUGCCAUCGUCUGCCCAACCCCUGCCCAUAGCACCACGUUGUGACCCUCAGCAUGUGGUGUUGGCGCCAUUCGGAACCGUGGCCACCAUCCUGCCAGAUUUUCAUGACGAAUCUGUGCUUUCCGACGAUGCAUGGAAAACAGGUCUGGCCAAAGCUUUGGAGCCCCAUGGCAUUGUCUUACCCGCUGGCACAUUGUGGAUUGCUGUCGAGCUAGAAAACGCAGAGACUACCGCCUGCAUCUGGCCCGCAGCACUCUGCUUCACGCCUUAUCGGCUACAGCAUGUUCAAGACCAUACUACUAAUGCCGAUCGGGAUUGGCGCCGCUGGUUCAUUAGCACAGAAGAAGGGACCAUCUUUCGCAACCCUUUAGGCAUGGCCGAAGAGUGGUUCAAAGGCGCAGCUGAACGGGCACGCAGUGGCGUCAAUCUAGUCGAUACGCAGGCAACGCUUCAAACAGACGAUCGACCACUUACUGAGCUCAUCCCUACCAACACUGCAGCCAAUGAUCCCACUACAAUGACCUCGCCUCCUUUUUCUCAACGUGCUGUGGACCAGCAAGCUGCGAUGGCAGGCAUUUAUCCGACGCCUCCAGACGGAUAUGCGCCAAUGCCGAAUGCCUCGCAGCUCAAUUCGACCACUCCCUCGGCUACACAACCAGAACAAAUUGCAAAUUCCGUAGACUUGCCUCCGACUAGUGAUGACAUGCAAUACAAAAGUGAAGAUUCACAUCACGUGGAACCAAACACCUUUGGGAAUGAAGAUCAGGACAUGCUGUUUGGAGAUGAGGACGAGAUGGAAGACAUUGGCGAUGCUGAUUUCAGCUUCUUCGACGAUCAUGACAACGAUCCAGCAAUCAUAUCGAUGCGAGGGGCAGAAUUGGACCACUCUCUCAAGUACGAACACGAUCCUGGGGACCCCAAUUCGGGCACGAAUAUCGACGACCCCCCGAUUGAAGACGAUCAGCCGUCGCUGGGCAUUGACCCAACCAAAGACACCACUCAAACCGACACAAUCGAAGAGGUACCUAUCGAGCCUGCCGAGCACAUGCAGGAGGAAGCAAGUCAAUCGCCGGUGGUAGUUUCGAUUCCACAAUUUGGCCAUUCAGUCGCCGAACCUGAGAAGCCACUCAGCCCAUUCGGCAUACGUGAGCGGCUACUGCCUCCUCCUGUCCCGGCUAGCUUCACUCAGACCGAUGCGGUAGGUCAGUCGGACCACCGGCGGUCGAGCACGUUCGCGCCCAUCAAUUUCAGAGAAGGUCUCAAUCUCAGCAGAAAAUAUUCCAUGGUCACGGCUGCGCCUGAAAAAGAACCACUCAAACCGGGUACUAUCUCGACAUCUGAUAUUGGACUUCCAAAUGCCCGCAAAAAGAAUCGCAUCGACGGCAAUGAUUCUUCAGACUCUGACACCGAUGACGAAAGUGAAGGAAACUCCUACGAGCCUUCCUCCAGUGAUAUGGACGACACAGAUUUACCUCCGCGACUUCCCUGGGAGAGCAGGAAGCGGAAGCGCCACGCAGACCAGGACAAUUUACAUCCGCUGUCUGGUUCCCUGCAGCGAAUGUGGUCCGAUGAUGAAGCUGAUGAUCGAGGCGCAGGUCUUGGCAUGCAGACUCCGAUUGCAGAUGUUCUGGCAGCUUACGUGAAUUCGACACCGGUUGUGGACCUCCUUGCUUUCUUGAAGGCAGAUUCAGAAUCUGAGAUAGCUGAUCGUCCCCAUUCUUCCGCUGGACCCACGGAUUCUAUGGAGGCUUUGAGCGGUCCACUGCCCAGAAUGGAGACCUUUUACGGCUUCCCAAAAGAGGACCUCAUCUAUAUAUCUCAGAUCAUCAAUGAGCAGUCUGUGUCAGCUCUCCAGCUUGACGCAACACGUGUCGGCGGUCAUGAGGAUAGAGUGGCCGAGCUGCCCAUCGGGAUUGCAAACUACAUCUACACCACCAUUGAUAGAGGCAUUGAGACGGUAUUCCCGGACAUAGAUCAAUGCGACCUUGGCAAAGUCGCGCUGACUAGAGAGCCGCUACGGCCCCCUACGAAUCCCGGCAAAGCGCCACAGGGCCCGCCUCGACCGCCGCAGAGGACUGAUAGCAUGCUUCUUGGCCCUGACUAUUUCCAUUUACCGCCUCCCUAUGUCAGACUUCAGAGAAGCUCGGAGAUAUGGGAACUGCUUCCCACCUGUCUGACGUUCUGGGAGACAUUAGGCCUUGGACCUACCAACGGUGCAAAGAAUGUGCGGGCGUUCUGUGUUUUUCCCGAGAACGAAGACCUGCAGCGCCUCGUGGCGGGAUUUAUGACCGAUCUUGGAACCGCCUACGACAAUUGCAAGCUCGGCUCCCACGUUCACCAUAGAAAUGUCAGCGACACCGAUGAGCAUGAUACUUUUGAGGAUGGAAUGGCGCCGGUCGAGCUCAACGAGGAUGCCUCGCUUGAAGGCGCCAUGAAAUCUUACGCUACCACCUGUGCAGAACUGGGAAAGGCGUUGUCCAAUAUCGCUCAUCAGGAAAAUGACCGAGCGAUUGUGGUCUACAUCCUCAACCCUUUCUUUGGGCGACAAGCGCAGCAGCAUCUCUGCGCCUGCUUCUGGAUUCUCUUCAAAGCCUACCGAGAUAAUCUCCCCAAGGCGCAAAGAAACCAAGCUGGCAGCGACAUCUUUCUCCAAUGCCUUCCUAUCAGUUUGGUCGCCUCCUAUGAUACUUUGGUGGUGCCAGACGCCAGGCAAAUGGCCAUCCUAACUCGUGAGGUAUAUGAUCGAUGUCCUCCAUGCGGUCCACCUUCCGACAAUACAUCUGCUCUUCCUAUUCUUUCAGCACCAGCGGUGGAGCUUGCAAGCGCCGCGCCGAAGAGGAUUGGCUUUCAGCUCGCGGCCGAACCGCCAACCGAUCUGCUUCAUGAGGGUUCCAUUCUCCACAUUGCUUACUCUGUGAGCAGAGACGGUCACUGGAUGUCAGUCUGCUGGAUCGACAACACCGGCAGACAUCAGUCUAGUACUGCGUUCUGCCUUCGUGGCAGGUCACUGGCUGAAGUCAUUGAAGAUGUGUGGGAAUGUACGCGGGACAUACUGGCAGCUCGUCAAGUUCUUUGGCGCAUUUUCAUUGUGACCACGGACACACUUGAAAAGCCUGUCUUACAAUGCUGGCGCUCGUUCUCUGCCAAACCUCGUACUCAAGCCAUCUGUGUGACCUUGCUCGCCAUUGACACAGAUCCUGUCCUGCAGCUUUCACCGCCCGUGGCCAAUGUGGAUGGCCAAUUCGAAUCCAGAAGCGAUGGAGGCUUCCUGACUCCAGCGUCCACACCGCAGGCCGGGACUUUCACCUCCUCGCCUGAUGUUAACGGACAAGGAGGCAAUGCGCCUCCCACUCCAGCGCCAAGCGAGACAGCUGCCUCUGCCGUCGAGAAUGACCCGGAUGCUCAUCUCACCGAUCUCACAGACGAGACUUGGGGAGUCUUACUGAGCCCAAAGCUCAACAAUGUUGGCUGCAACGUGGGCCUUGCAAAUGGUGCGUUGUUCAAACGAGUUGAUGUCGCCGUUCCAGAUGGAGAAGGAACUGCUGCAGACAAGCUCCCGUCGAUUGGUGUCAGCAUUCACUGGACUAUUCAGGUGAAGCCUUCUGGUGGCGUUGACGAGGGCAGCGUCAAGCAAGCAGAGCUCACGCUGAGAGAGGUGUUGAGAAUGUAUCGGAAUUUGGCGUUGUUGACUAAAGCAAGAGCGAUUGCUCAUGGUAAGACGAGUUUUGUGCCGAUCCAUGUUGCAGCGGCCGUAAGAGGCGCAGAGGGUUUGGAUGGUAUGCUGGGAAGUAGUGAAGAUAUGUAGAGAAUCGACCACUGCCAAAAG